UAAAUGAGGUGUUAGCUUUCAUAAGUAAUAAAAUUGAAGUCAUGGAUGAGGAGAGUCUCGGCCGUCUGUGUGCUACGGGGUUCUCGGAAAGUGACAUAAAAAUUGCUAAGGAUCUUCUAUUUGACUCCAUAUCGACUACAAAACGGAAGAAGAUAAGGAGGAGGCAGGGGAAGACCCUCAGGGAUAUCGACGAUAUCAUAUGUGUUCUCAAGGAAUUACGUCCUGAGGAAAUCCCAAUUUUCGUCGCUCGAGAGCUUCAUAAAUUACCCCCUGUCACGUUUGAUCACGUCGACGUCACCCGGCUACUUAAAGAUAAUUUAAAGAUGCGAUAUGAUUUAGACUAUAUAACGGAGAAAUAUGUCACCAAUAAGCAAUUAGAGGAAUUAAAGCUGGAUAUUGAGAAUCUAAAGAGAUCGUCUAUUGUUAAUAAUUUCCCUAAUAAAGUUAAUUUUAAACGGGGAGCGUGUCUGGUGGACAGUUUUGAAUACGACAGUGGUCCCGUGGGUUUGCCUCCAGCUCAUGUCGAGCAAGAUGUGUUGGAGGAUCGUCUUCAUUCACCACGAAACACUUGCAGUAACAUCUCUUUAAUAGACGGUAGCAGAGAAAUAAAAUCGCCGGCGGAAAUUGUAAGAAUAUCAACGACCGAUGACGUCGCCGAAACAGCUGAUAGACCGUUAGCAACCGCCGCCACCGGUACGACGAGGAUGAGUCAUGUAUGCACACCGCCUGCGCCCGCGCCGCAUCGACACACGGCCGGCCCGAUCGUGCCAGAACAAAACGAAAUAAAAACGAAAACAUCAGAUGUUUCGCAGUGUGUGGAGACGAAGUCUCAUGAUGGAAGGUGGAAGGUGGUUCAAAAUAGGAAGAGGAACCGUUUUGCGGCUAAUAGGGGUAUUGCCGCGGUCGAAGAAAACACUAACUUUAAAGCUGCCGAUAUUAAGGUCCCUAUUUAUAUUUACAAUGUUUCGAAGGCCACGACAGUGUGUGAUGUCAUUAACUACGUACAGAAAAAAGUCAACAUUGCCGUCACGUUAGUAAAAAUGUCUAUGAAGGUAACGAAGGAUUAUGACGCCUACAAAGUUUUUGUUCCCAAACAAAGCUUGGAAAUGUUUUUAAAAAAUGAUUUCUGGCCGGAAGGGAUCGCAUAUCGACGUUUUGUAGAUUUUGGUGAAAAAAGAAGUGUUAAAGCUGGGCAAACGAGUAAAAAUCUACACAAGUAAUGGCUGGUACAACUAAAAUGAUAAGCUUUAACUGUAAAAAUGUGAUGAGGUCGGUAAACUGUGUGAGAUCGCUGUGUCGCACCGCAGAUAUAGUUGCGCUGCAAGAGACCUGGCUUCUACCACACGACAUCCAGUUUCUGGGGAGCAUCGACGACAACUUCGCGUUCACAGGCAACUCGUCCGUGGACACGUCUGUCGGAGUACUUAGCGGCCGACCGUAUGGUGGAGUUGCUUUAUUAUGGCGGAAGGCGGUGUUUCCUUGUGUCUCGGUGUUAGAAUGUAAGAGUACGCGUCUCGCCGCUAUUAAAAUUACACAAAGUGAUCGUGCGUUUUUGAUUAUUACGGUGUAUAUGCCAUAUGAAAGGGCAGAAAAUUUAAUAGAAUUCACCAAUUGUUUGAGUGAAAUCUACGCCAUUGUUGAGAGUAAUGAUGUGGAAACAGUGUUCGUUCUCGGGGAUUUCAACGCGCAUCCCGGUGAGUCAUUUACCACCGAACUUUUAAACUUUUGUAAUGAACAGUCGUGGUCAUGUAUUGAUAUGGAGUUAUUACCAAGUGAUACCUACACAUUUGUGAGUGACGCGAACGGUAGGCGGCGAUGGUUAGACCACUGUGUGGUGACGGCCGCGGCGCGAGACACUGUGUUGAAAGUAUCUGUUGUUUAUGGUGUCUAUUGGUCUGAUCACACUCCAUUUUUAGUGGAAUGCAAUAUUAAAGCUAUUAAACCUAAAACGGUGCCUUCUUACAAUUCGCUAAAUAAAGUACAAUGGGGUGAGAGAGAUGAUGGUCAGAUAGAUAGGUAUCAUGGGUUUUGUCAUUCAAAACUAAAAGACGUAGAUUUUUCGUCUGAAUUUGUACACUGCGCUAACAAGUCAUGUUCCGAUGGAAGUCAUAAGUUAAUACUUGAUAACAUGUACCACAGUAUUGUUUGUAUUUUAUCGAAGGCUGCAGAAUUAACUUACAAGGGCGCUGAGGGUAACAGACGAUAUAAGUGUGUUCCUGGGUGGAACAAGCAUGUCGGCGGCGCUCAUAGGGAGGCGCGGCAUUGGUAUCAGACAUGGUUAAUGUAUGGUAAACCUAGUUCGGGAUAUUUUCAUAGUAAAAUGUGUGAAUCAAGAAAAACAUUUAAGGCUAAGUUAAAGUACUGCCAAGAUAAUGAAAAACAAAUAAAACUUGAUAUAAUUGCACAACAUCACACUAAAAAGCAGUUUGGAAAGUUUUGGAAAGGUACCAAUAGGUUGAACCCUAAGACGAGUCUUCCUGUGAGCGUGGCUGGUACGAGUGACCCACGCGAUAUCGCAAAUAAGUUUCAGCGUCACUUUCGAGUUCAGUCGCAGGCGUCUCGGGAGCACGUUGCUGAGAGCUGUCAUGAAACGGAGGAACAUGUACGUUUUUCAGCUAAGCAGGUAGCAGGUGUCAUUAAAGGAAUGGUCAGAGGGAAGUCCCCAGGACAUGACAGCCUCAGCAUCGAGCACCUGAAAUACGCAGGAGUACAUCUUCCAAGGGUACUGGCACUCUUCUUUAAUUUAUGUAUCAGUCAUUGCCACCUACCUGACGACUUAAUGUAUACACUAGUCGUACCCAUAAUGAAGAAUAGGACCGGUGAUGCUUCGGACCUAGGAAACUAUAGGCCUAUCUCACUUGCCACUGUAAUAGCGAAAGUACUGGACAGUUUGCUUGACAAACAUUUGGGAGCGCAUAUUGAGCUGCAGGACAAUCAAUUUGGCUUUAGGCCUAGCCUGUCUACGGAAAGUGCGAUCCUGUGUCUCAAGCAAACUGUGCAGUACUACACGGAGAGAAACACGCCAGUUUUUGCCUGCUUCCUAGACCUUUCAAAAGCAUUUGAUUUGGUAUCAUAUGAUGUACUGUGGAAAAAGAUGGUCAACGACACGACCCUGCCUCUGGACAUUGUUUCAAUAUUUAAAUAUUGGUACAGUAAUCAGAGGAAUAGUGUAAGGUGGGCAGGUGUGCAUUCGGACAUGUAUAGGUUGGAGUGCGGGGUGAGGCAGGGGGGGUUGACCUCACCCAAGCUCUUCAACUUGUACAUGAACCGAUUGAUCGAGGAGCUGAACAGCACCAACGUGGGAUGUCACAUCGACGGGGUUUCUGUAAACAAUAUUAGUUAUGCUGACGACAUGGUGCUGUUGAGCCCCUCGAUUGGUGCAUUGCAGCGACUGCUACACAUCUGCGAGGCGUACGCGGAAUCCCACGGGCUCAGAUAUAAUGUUAGCAAAAGUGAAUUUCUAAUAUUCAAAGCUGGGUCUAAAACUUAUUCCACACCGCCAGUCACCUUAUGCGGUACAGAGAUGAAGAAAGUGGAUAUGUUUAAAUAUCUGGGGCAUUGGGUGACCGAUACGUUGAGCGAUAAUGUGGAUAUUGAACGGGAGCGCAGGGCGCUGGCUGUGCGAUGCAAUAUGUUGGCUCGCAGAUUUGCACGUUGUACUAAACAGGUUAAGGUGACGCUUUUUAAAGCGUACUGCCAGUCCUUCUACACGUGCAGUCUGUGGACUGAAUAUACGCGGAGUUCAUACGGCGCCUUGAGAGUUCAAUACAAUAACGCGUUCAGGGUGCUGUUUGGGCUGCCGCGUUUUUGCAGUGCGUCAAAAAUGUUUGCCGAUCACAAUACAGAUUGUUUCUUUGCAAUUAUUAGGAAGAGGUGUGCAUCGCUAUUGAGGCGCUUACGUUCCAGCUCAAACGGCAUUCUGAGCGUGUUGACUGAUAGGUGGGACUCCCCACUGCUGGGCCACUGGAUGCGCUUACAUACUGAAGUGGACUUGCAGAUACCGGUGACCAGGCGGUGGGAACCUGCUUAUUAGUAAUGUGUUGUGUUAAUGUGUACGUUUUCUUGUUGUUUAUAAUUGUCGAGCCGUGUCGUGUGUAAAUGUUAUUUUAUUUUUAUCGUUCUAUUACUAACACUAGAUUAAGUUGUUUAUUGCUUGUUACUAACCACUAUGGAACAUGUCCGAAAUAAACUCUUUUUAUUUUA